AUGGCUUCCGAUACCUCCACCUAUAAGCUCAACCGUUCGUGGUCCAUACUUCAAUCUCCGACACAACCACUAAUACAAUGGGUACAUUAUAGAUACGAUGAUUCGGGUCAAAGACCCGAAGCGGUCGUGGAAUUCUACAAGUUCCUCGGCCUUAACUUGGUCAACACAAUUGACAUGCCGGAAUGGAAGUUCUGCAACUACUUCCUGGCGUAUGACGGCCCCGCCUCUCUCCAGGGUGCCCGCCACUGGACUGAUCGCAACGCCGUUCUGGAAUUGACUCACAACUACGGCACUGAGAAUGAUCCCAACUACAGCGUGGUCAACGGAAACACAGAGCCGCACCGUGGCUUCGGCCACAUCGCCAUCUCGGUCGACAACAUUGAGGCUGCCUGCAAGCGCAUCGAAGAUGCCGGAUACCCCUUCCAGAAAAAAUUGACUGAAGGUCGUAUGCGACACAUCGCCUUCGCCAAGGAUCCCGAUGGAUACUGGGUUGAGAUCAUUCGUCGCGCCGAUGAGGACCUCAGCACCACCACUGACCCGGGUAGCUACCGACUCAACCACACUAUGCUGCGCGUGAAGGAUGCCGAAGUCAGCUUGAAAUUCUACCAGGAAUCCAUGGGCAUGACUCUGGUCCGCACCAUUGAGAACCCAGAGAACAAGUUCAAUCUGUAUUUCCUGGGAUACCCUGCAUCCAACCCAGAAAUUAAGGAGGGCGCCAAGAAUGGCGUGGCGGAGUGGGAGGGUCUGCUAGAGUUGACCUGGAACUAUGGCACGGAGAAGCAGGAGGGCCCUAUUUACCACAACGGCAACACUGAGCCCCAGGGUUUCGGUCAUAUCUGUAUCUCUGUUGAUGACCUUGAGGCUGCGUGCGACCGCUUCGAGUCUCUGAAGGUGAACUUUAAGAAGCGCCUGACUGACGGGCGCAUGCACAACAUCGCAUUUAUUCUGGAUCCCGAUGGAUAUUGGAUUGAGGUGGUGCAGAACCAGGGAAUCAAGCGUACUGGAGAUUGGUAA